GGGCGGGGGAGGCAGGGGAGGGAUGCUUGGGGAUCUGGUGGCCGGAGGGGCCGAGGGUCUCGUCCUUAUCCAAGACUCCGUCGCCUGCGAGGGCCGCACCCUCCUCAAGAGUUUCGUGGAAGCGUCAGCCCAAAGGGGUGAAUCUGUUCACGUUUUCAGCUUUGAGGUCCCGGAAGAAGAAUUCAAGGCUGGAUUCAGCGCCGAAGUCACCUCCCGGAUACGGUUCCACGAUGCCUUCCGGGAUCCCCUGGGCUGGGCCGGAGAGCCCCGCGGCUUGACCCUGGGGGACUUCUCUGCCUCUGAAUUGGUGGGCCGCUUGGCUGCAGGGUCUCCAGGCCCUUCCACGGUCGUGCUGGAUUCGCUGAGCUGGCUGCUUCUCCGUCUGCCGUUUGCCGGCGUCUGCCAGGUCCUUCCGCAGCUGCCGAGGAGAGCAAAGGCUGCUGGUCUGAAAAUAGCCCGGCUGGUGACCCUCGUCCAUGGCGACUUGCACCAGGUUGGACAGCUGGAAACCUUGCAUACCUUGGCUCGUGUUGUGGUGGCUGUCGAGCCAGCACCAUGGAAUGUUUCCCAGGGGGACAAGGCUCCCCGAGUCGCUGUCACAUUGCACAGGAAGAAAGGUGGCAAAGUGCUGCGGAAGAAAGAACGCUUUACGCUCCUUCCGGGUUUCCUCCUGAAGCACCUUGGCGAGCUGCCACGGGACGGCGUUUCUGAAAUAGGCCGUUCAGAGGAUGGCAAAGCCUCACCUACGGCUGACCCAGCCGACAACUUGACCUUUAACCUGCGCCUGUCGGAGGCUGAGCGCCGGGCCAAGGAGUCCGUCCCUCUCCCGUACCAGUUCAGUGACGAAAAGAAGUCGUCUCUGCUGCAGACGCCGACCAGCCAGGGGAAGAUCUAUUACGAGCCGGAUGCCGCAGAUGACAUAGACGAAGAAGAUCCAGAUGACGACUUGGAUGUGUGAGCGAUGGGGAAUGGGCUGCGAAUGGAACGUUCCAGUGCCUUAUCGAAAGCUGCCAUCUUGGCUUCUUCCCAUUGGAACAUCCGCCUUGGACCUACCUACAAAGGGGGAAUCACCCCUCGCCAUGGGAAUAGAUGUGCACAGCUAAUAGGAAGGAAUCCUCCCCGGAGGGAGGGAGACACAGAAGCCCCUCAAAGACUUCUGGGUGUUCCUUCAGCAGCUGCCACAACCAAUCUCUUUUACAUGCUGAAUGGACACGAUCCUGAUCCCAUCCUGCCAAGGGUAUGCAAAGAGGAGGGGAUUGACGCAGGAAGUUAUUCUGUGGAAAGAACCAGGGUUUAUUUU